UUGUAGCGCUUGUGUUUGUGUCCGGGCGGAACGCGUUUAAAAUUAAGUUGAAUAAAAUAAAUGGAAAUGUUUGCCGUUCUUUUGCUACUCGCCUUCAGUUGCCUUGCCGCCUUGCUCAACUGUGCUUAUGUCAAAUAUGGCCGCCUCUACGCUUUGGGCUCACGUUUUCCCGGUCCACCGGCAUUGCCACUCAUAGGCAACGCGCUUAUUUUUCUCGGCAUUGAAUCCGACGAAUUUGUACGCCGCUGUGCGGGUUUGGCACGCGACUAUGGCAAUAGAAUACGCUUUUGGCUAGGGCCACAGUUAAACAUACUCCUGCACGAUUGGCGCGACGUGGAGGUAUUGCUCAACUCGAAUAAGUUGACCGUAAAAUCGGAUCAGUAUCGCGUCUUGAGUUGUUGGAUGCACGACGGAAUACUCUUGUCACGCGGUCGCAAGUAUCAACAGCGUCGAAAACUCGUAUUGCCGACUUUUCACUUCAAAAUGUUGGAGGAGUUUCUGCCUUGUUUUCAAGAACACACCGCUAUCUUGAUGGCGCAAAUACGCGCGAAAUGCGCUAAUGGCAAGCCCUUUGAGUUUUUGCCCUUGCUGGGCUUGUGUAUGUUGGAUACGAUUUGUGACACAGCGAUGGGCGUGCAAAUUCACAGUCAACGUAAUGCCGAUUGCGAAUAUGUGAAGGCGCUGAGAAGCCUCACGGAAAUCCUUCACCUUCGCAUGUUCGAUAUCAAGUAUUAUUUCCGUUUCAUCUUCCGUUGGACAUCAAAAGCGGCGGAAGCCAAACGCGCACUCCGAAUCAUGGAAGAUUUCGCUGAAAAAGUGAUCUUGCAACGGCGUAAAGAAUUGAUGCAUGCGCCGCUCGCACAGCAGUCACUGCCGGAAGAGGAUCAAUUGAUUGGCAUGAAACGUAAACGAAAUUUCUUAGACAUUUUGCUGAACUCGAGUAUCGAUGGCAAACCACUGAGUAACACGGAUAUACGGGAGGAGGUGAAUGUAUUUAUGUUUGCCGGCCACGACACGUUAUCCUCCGCCUUAAUGUUCUUCUUCUACUGUAUAUUCACCAAUAAGGAUUGUGAGCGCAAGUGUUAUGAAGAGAUUUGCAGUGCCUUCGGCAGUGACGGCAAUGUGAUCGAGAUGAAACGAGAGCGUUUAAAUCAGCUCCAUUAUGUGGAACUUUGCAUUAAAGAAACCUUGCGCAUGUAUCCGCCAGCGCCGUUGAUCGGCCGUAAAGCCGUGGAGGAGGUCACAAUAAACGAAAACAUCAUACCUGCCGGCGCAAAUAUUGGCUUCUCGCCGUACAUUUUCGGUCGCAAAUCGGAAGUAUAUGCCGAGCCGAACACAUUUAAACCGUCACGUUUCGACAUGCGUACACGAGCAAAUUCCACUGAACCACAACCAUGCAUACUCACGUCCUUUUCGGCCGGUCCGCGCAGCUGCGUUGGUCAAAAGUAUGCCAUGCUGCAGUUGAAAGUGGUUAUUGUGAAUGUUUUGUUGAACUUUCAAAUGGAAUAUGUGGGCGAUGUGAUGCAAGAGCCGAUGCUCUCCUCGGAAGUGACAUUGGGCACAAAAGAACCGUUAAUGUUCAUAGCGCGAGCACGUGGAACGGAAAUUGUAAGAUAACGUAGUAAAUAACAAAUGUAUUUUUGAAUUUAAAGAAUAUCAUUGAGGACAAUUAAACCUUUUUUAUGCUGCGCUGCCAUUGAAAAA